CUCCAUCUCUCGCUGCACACAGAAGGAAAUUUCACACAGAGGGAGGAAACGCCAUGGCAAAAGAUCCCCAGGAGAUCUCCGAGGAAUUCUACGUCCAAGAUGCACAAACACCUAAAGCUACAAAAGAACACUGCAAAAGAUACAAGAUCUGCGGGGUGUUGCUUUGCAGCCUAGUGGUCUCUGUCAUCCUGACAUUUCUUGGGGUCUAUUAUUUUUGGAAUCCACCGCCUAAAAAAAUCUAUGACAUGGAGCACACAUUUUUCAGCGAAGGGGAGAAGCAGAAGAUAUUGAUGAAGAUAGACCCUCUAACCAGGACAGAGAUCUUUCAAACUGGAAAGGGCAACAAGGAGGUUCUGGAAAUACACGACUUCAAAAAUGGAAUAACAGGCAUCUUUUUUGUGGGAGACCCGAAGUGCUUCAUCCGAAACCAGAUUAAAGGGAUUCCUGAAACAUCCAACGUGGACAUGGAGGAGCUGGAAGAUGAGGAAAUUACAGAUACCUAUUUCGAGCAGUCUGUAGUUUGGAUUCCAGGGGAGAAGCCUAUUGAAAAUAAAGAUUUUCUGAAAGGUUCCAAGAUCUUUGAGCUCUGCAAAAAUGUGACUGUGUACUGGAUCCACCCGACCUUAUUAAGAGAGCCAGAACUUCUUGACUUUGAAAAUGAAGGUCAGGAGGAAGAGGAGGAAGAGGAUCAGAUUCUGAGAGACAAGCAAGACUGGGCUAGACAUCAGGAGGAAAAGGAAGAGCAACAUUUGGCUAAGGAUGUAAGACCAAGUACCAAACGCCAGGCCCGGCAGCUCACAGAAGAGGAUUUCCCUGUGAAUGAUUAUUCACAGAACGGACUGGAGUUCCAUCCCCUGUGGGACGAGAGAGGAUAUUGCUGUGCCCAGUGCCGCCGUGCCCAUCGAUACUGCCAGAGGGUGUGUGAGCCUCUCCUAGGGUAUUACCCAUACCCUUACUGUUACCAAGGAGGGAGGGUCAUCUGCCGUGUAAUCAUGCCGUGCAACUGGUGGGUAGCUCGGAUGCUGGGACGAGUGUAAGCACACCCAGCCCCCCAAAAAGACAACUUCUGAUAUACCGUACUGCAGUGUCCAAGCGCCGCCCAGGCAAUUCCCUACGGGGUGCACUUGUGUGCUACCAAUACUCUGUCUAGUUCAGGGGUCCCCAAUCUAUUGUCCAAGAGCUUCAUCCAGGUAGUCCAUGGCAUGACUGUAAAAAUACAAUUAAAAACCAUACAGCAUUUGCAUCAUGCAACACAAUUGCUACAAUGGGCAGAAG